UUUAUAAGAAUUGUGAACGCGAAAGCGAACGAAUCGUUACCGAAUCCCGCAAAGAAAUGACUCUGGUGCCGACCACAUAUCGCGAUCUGUCGCGCGAACUGGACAGACCCCGUCCGCUGUACCAGGCUCCUUACGACUUCCAGAUGUAUCCGUACCUCUGGGACGAUCCGCGAGCCUGGUGGCCCGCCCACCAGAGCAGCAGGAGCGACCUGUUGCGGCCCAUGGACGAGUUGGUGACGCGCCGCGUGCGGAACCAGCUGAUACAAUCCAAUCCCUACGAUUGGGCCUAUCCCAUGCGGUGGGACAACUACUACUCCGGCGAGCGGGUGCACGUGGACGAGAAGGGAUUCCGCGUGGAUAUCGAUGUGCGGCAGUUCCAUCCGCACGAGAUAGUGGUCAAGACCAACGACGACUAUGUCAUAGUCCAGGGCAACCAUAACAGACGGAGCGAAGGCUCCAACGGCCUGGUGGAGCGCCACUUUGUGCGGAAAUACCUCCUGCCGCGCGGCUACAAUGCCAAUGAGGUGAUCUCGGACAUAUCCACGGAUGGCAUCCUCACCAUCAAGGCACCGCCACCGCCUCCAUCCAAGUACUACAGUCCGGGCGAGCGUAUGAUCCGUGUCCACGAGACGGGCAAGUUGGCCCUGCCCUGGAAGUAGAUGGUACUCCCAGUCCCCAGUCCAAUGCUAAACCCAUCCCAGUCGAGGGAGAGACAUACCAUCCCCCACUCAUCCAAAAAAAAAACCCGCCAAACUCAAGGUGAACUAUUUCUGGGAUAGCAGGCAGAGGCAAGUGCAGCCGAAAUUUCAAUUGGAUUCAAAUACAUAAACACAAUUUGUACCCGUGGGUAAUAUAAAAUGCGCAAUAAAUACGAUAUUUAUCAGAACCGA